AUGAGGGUCUUGGCCUGCCUCCUGGCGGCUCUGAUGGGGAUCCAGGCGGUUGAGCGGCUGCGCCUGGCGGACGGGCCCCAUGGCUGCGCCGGCCGCCUGGAGGUGUGGCACGGCGGCCGCUGGGGCUCCGUGUGCGACGACGGCUGGGACCUGCGCGACGCGGCGGUGGCCUGCCGCGAGCUGGGCUGCGGCGCCGCGCUGGCCGCGCCCGGCGGCGCCUUCUUCGGGGAGGGCGCCGGGCCCGUGUGGCUCAGCGAGCUGGCCUGCCGGGGCGGCGAGGGGCGGCUGGGCCUGUGCCCGCACCGCGGCUGGAAGGCCCACGUCUGCUCCCACGAGGAGGACGCGGGGGCCGUGUGUGCAGGUCAGCGUGUGGCCAACUCCAGGGACACGGACGACCCCCCUUCGAUCCUGGCCGGGGACCCCUGGCCGGGGCUGCCCGGGGAGCUGGGCCCCAGCUCUGAGGAGCCCCCCGUGACGCAGGCGCCCCGCCCGGCUGGGACCCCCCAGACCAGUCCCCGGAGGAAGAGCCCCCGGCCCCCGAAGCAGGCCAAGUCCACCAGGGCCCCUCUGCUGACGGCCGGAGGGCCCCGCCAGGAGCGGCUGCGCCUGGCGGCCGGCCCCCACGGCUGCGCGGGCCGCCUGGAGGUGUGGCACGCGGGGCGCUGGGGGACCGUGUGCGACGACGGCUGGGACCUGCGGGACGCGGCCGUGGCCUGCCGGGAGCUGGGCUGCGGCGCCGCGCUGGCCGCGCCCGGGGGCGCCCGCUUCGGCCCCGGCUCCGGGCCCGUGUGGAUGGACGACGUGGGCUGCGGGGGCGGCGAGCAGGCCCUGCGGGACUGUCCCCGGAGCCCCUGGGGCCGGAGCAACUGUGACCACACGGAGGACGCGGGGCUGGUGUGCACAGGCCCGGCCCCGCGGCUGCGCCUGGCGGACGGGCCGCACGGCUGCGCCGGCCGCCUGGAGGUGUGGCACGGCGGCCGCUGGGGCUCCGUGUGCGACGACGCCUGGGACCUGCGCGACGCGGCGGUGGCCUGCCGCGAGCUGGGCUGCGGCGCCGCGCUGGCCGCGCCCGGCGGCGCCUUCUUCGGCGAGGCCGCGGGGCCCGUCCUGCUGGACGACCUGCGCUGCCGCGGCAACGAGACGGCGCUGCGCUUCUGCGCCGCCCGGCCCUGGGGCCAGCACGACUGCCACCACCGCGAGGACGCGGGCGCCGUGUGCGACGGUAUGCCUCUGGCCUAUGUCCCUCCCACGGCCUCCGCUGCCCGCAGCAACAACUCCAAGUCCAGGGACGCCUCCUCCAGGCCCCCGCCCCCCACGGCACACCCCGCCUCCAGGACCGCAGACAUCUCCCCGCCGCUGGCCUCCCCCACGGCCCCGUGGGAGCCUGGGCCGGAAGCUGGCUCCCCGCAGCUGCGGCUGGUGGCCGGGCCCAGCCGGUGCUCGGGCCGGCUGGAGGUGUGGCACGCCGGGCGCUGGGGCACGGUGUGUGACGACAGCUGGGACCCCCGGGACUCCGCCGUGGUGUGCCGGGAGCUGGGCUGCGGGGGGCCGCGGCAGCCGGACCCCUCCGCCGGCCGCUUCGGCUGGGGCUCCGGCCCCAUCUGGCUGGACGACGUGAGGUGUGCGGGCAGCGAGGCCUCGCUCUUCGACUGCCCCGCCGCCCCCUGGGGGAAGCACAACUGCGCCCACAACGAGGACGUGGGCGUCACGUGCACCGGGACCCCCGGCCUGGACUCCAUCUCAGACCCCUUCAGCUGGAGCUGGCUGCCCGGCCUGGGCAGAGACCCGGACGCCUGGCUCCCAGGGGAGCUGGCCACCAAGCCCUCCGCGGGGCCGAGCCCCGGGGACCCCGAAACCACCACCAGGGCCUCCGCGAAGACGCCCAAGAGCACCAAGAAGUGGGCGCCCAAGCACCCAAAGCGGCCGACCCCCCCGGCCCCCGUGACGCUGACCGCCAAACACUCCAGGGGCCCGGGCACGCGGGGUCCCCCAGAACUGACCUCCCGGACCACCCCAGCCCUGACCACCGAGGCCCCCCACAAGCCGGCCUCCCACACCAGCACAGCGCCUGCCCCCCGAGCCCCCUGGGGGCAAACCUCUAAGACUGUGACGCCACCGACCACCCGGGAUCCCAAAGAGGGGACCCCUGAGGCCACCGGCAGGAGGGUCCCUCCGCCCUCUGGGGAGCCGUCGAUGGAGACCCCAGAGUCAUCCGGAGGCCCAGCCCCCUCCGCCGCCGGGGGCUCCCCCGGGGGGUCAGGCCCCUUCCGGGUGCGCCUGGCCGACGGGCCUGAGCGGUGCGCGGGCCGGCUGGAGGUGUGGCACGCCGGGCGCUGGGGGACGGUGUGCGACGACGGCUGGGACCUGCGGGACGCGGCCGUGGCCUGCGGGGAGCUGGGCUGCGGCCGCGUCCGGCCCCGCGUGGGCAAGACCCACUACGGCCCCGGCUCCGGGCCCAUCUGGCUGGAUGACGUGGGCUGCAAGGGCACGGAGGCCUCGCUCAGCGACUGCCCCGCGGGGGCCUGGGGACGGCACAACUGCGGCCACGAGGAGGACGUGGUGCUGGCCUGCACCGGCCACGCCCACGAGGAGGACUAUCCCGCCUGGACCUGGGACCCCGCCUCCGAGGAGGACCUGGCCCGGGGGACCCCCUCUGCAGGGGCGCCCGGACACACGGCCUCCUGGCGCAGCACCCGGAGCCCAGGGGUCGGCUCCCCAGAGUGGAGGCGCCUCCCUGGCCGAGGCGGCGAGGACAGCUCUGAGUCUUACUCAGCAAUGAGCACGCCGUCAGGAGGGGCCGCGGCCAAGGGGACCCCCACCACAGGCGCCCCUGCGCCCACUCUCACCACCGGCGCCCCCAGGAGCCAGGGGGAACCCUCUCCAGCUCCAAGGGUUCGCGGAGACGCGGGUCCUGGGAAGAGACCGGGGCCCGAGCACCGGCUGCGCCCCACGGCGGCCAGGACGGCGCCCCGCGCCCCGUCCCCGGGCCCCCCGGUGGCCUCCCCCGCGGCGCCCCGGCCCACCGCCCGCGCGGCCUCGCCCUCCCCGGAGGCGCCGUCGCCCCCCGCGGACCCCGCCUCCGGGGCCAGCGCCGACCUCACCGUGACCCCCGGCCUGCCGGCGUCCACCCUGGAGGCCGCCGUGGGCCCAGCGCUGACCCCCGGGCCUUCUCCCACCCCACCGCCCACCGUGCCCAAGGAGCUGACCUCGGACCCCUCUGCACCAGCUGCCACCUCAGCGCUGAGCCCCGGAUCUGACCCAGCUCUGCACCCCAACACAGUGCCAGAGCCUCCGGGGUCCCCAGGCCACGCCACAGGCCCUGCCCCCACCACCCCUCACCCCACCACGACCCCUCACCCCACCACGACCUCCCAGCCCACCACGACCCCUCACCCCACCACGACCCCUCACCCCACUACGACCUCCCAGCCCACCACGACCCCUCACCCCACCACGACCUCUCACCUCACCACGACCCCGCACCCCAUCAGGAUCCCUCACUCCACCAUGACCUCUCACCCCACUACGACCUCUCAGCCCACCACGACCUCUCACCCCAACACGACCCCUCACCCCAUCAGGAUCCCUCACUCCACCAUGACCUCUCACCCCAGCACCAUCCCACACCCCAUCACAACCUCUCACCCCGCCACCACCCCUCACACCCCCACGACCCCUCACACCCCCACGACCCCUCACACCCCCACGACCCCGCACUCAGACACAGCUUCUCACCCAUCCACAAUCCCUUUCCCCACCACGACCCUUCACCCCAUCACGACUGCUCACCCCACAUCGACCCCUAAUGCCAUCACAAUCCCUCACCCCACCACGGCCCCUCACCCCACCACGGCCCCUCACCCCACCACCACUACCCACCCCGCCUUGGCUCCUGGCCCUACCUCAGCCCCUGUGGUCACCACUGAGUCCCAUUUAGCUUCCUUGGAAACAGGACUCCCCUCCCCCACGCCAGCACCAACAGCCCAGCCCAGCCUGCACCCCCAGGCCACCUUCAUGGGGGCCCCUCACCCCUCCCCGUCCCCCGUGCCGGGCCGAGAGCCCCCUCCGGACUCAGAGUCCAACCCCCCCAGCCCCUCGCCCGCCCCAAGCGCGGACGCCCCGGCCACGGAGGACUUGAAGCUGCCCAGAAGCCAGGGCCACGGGCCAGCCCCGCCCCCUCCCCAGACCCCGCUCGCAGCCUCUGACCCCACGGCGAGCCCCGACCCCCGCCUGCCCCCCACGGCCCGGCCCGUAGAUCAGCCUCCUCCUCCGGACAGCGUCUCCCCGGGGCCGGUCCCCGGCCCCCUGGGCCCCUGUGAGGCCCCGGCGCCCGCCGUCAGGGUCAUGGCCUGCGAGCCGCCAGCCCUGCGGGAGCUGGUGGCUGCCGUGAGGGAUGUGGGCAGCCAGCUGCAGGCGCUGACCCUGGCCCUGGAGCGGGACCGCCAGGAGCGCCACGCGCUGGGCCUGGGGCUGGCCACGCUGGCGGAGGCUGCCCAGGGCCUGGGGCAGCUGGGCGAGGUUGUGAAGAGACUGGCAGAGGUCGCCUGGCCCCCCAGCACCGCGGCCCCCGCCACCACCACCCCCGAGGAGGAAGAGAGACCACUCCGGGGGGACGUGUGA